UGUAGAAAGACUCCUUUAUUUCGUAGUAAACUCGAUUGUCUAAAGACAUGCAAAACUCAUGAAUUUUCUCUGGAUGAUGAACAAUUGGAAAUAAGAUUUUUAGAAGCUGCGGCGGCCCUCGAAUCUACACAAUCAUCCAACCUCACGAAUCCAGCUCGAAGACCACAUCACCAGCUCAGAGAUGUCGACGACAACCAGAGAGCGAGAGGGCGACAGUCUAUCUCGGUCACAGCAUGAGUCGUCAUCCUCAAAGGACUCACACCACCGUCGCCACCAUCACCACCAUCAUCGCAGCAGCAGGCAUCAUGACGAGCCCGAAGAUCUCUCUGUGACCGAGCAGAGAAACCGGACUGGUCGCCGACCGCUUCCGUCGCCGCAGCUGCCGCAGUCAAAUUCGCGGUAUCAGUCUUCUCGCGGCGGUAGCGGCGGUGGGUAUAGAGGAGGUUCGUCGUCUGGAUCGUACCGCGACCGACGAGAGGAUGUGUCGCCGCGAAGAAGGAGUCGGUCGCCACCGUCAGCUUCGUACGGCAACGGCCGACGCCGACAGAUCAUGGGUUCUGAGGAGGAGAAGCAGGUGAAAGAGUGGGUUGAAGGCGAGGAUUCGUUUGCGCUGAAACAAGCCAAGAAAGGCGCGGUGAUCCGGAUCAAGGAAGGGCGCGCGAGGCCGGUCGAUUGGUUGGCGCUGAAUCUGCAGACGAUCGAUAAGGAGAAGGAUGUGUAUGACGAGGCUACGUUCGAUACGCGCGAGCUGGAUAUCCCGGUGCCGUAUGCGGUUAUUGAAGGGCUUGGGUUGGCUGAGGUUGAGAAGUUGGGAUCGGACGUGCGGGAGUAUCUGCGAUUGGAGCGGAGCAAGUUCAACCGUGACUUUUGGGAGUCUAUGCUCGUGAUCUGUAAUGACACCAAGCAACGUCUACUGGCCAAAAGAUCCGAUGCCGACCACGGCGCACUACAGCCGGUGUCGGAAGACAUCGAAAACCUGUUACAGGGAAAAGACUACGACGCUCUGGUAGCGCUAGAAAGCCGUGUUGAGCUUCUUCUGUCUAGCGAUUCGGCUGUGGACGUUGAUUUCUGGACGGCGCUCAAGGAAGAACUGUUGAUUCGGAAGGCUAAAGCCAAGCUGGAGCGGAUCCACGCGAAGAUCAUUCAAGAGCGGGUGCGGAUGUUGAAGGAAGAGCAGGCUGCAGAGGCGAGCUCUGUUGUGCAAGAGAUCGAGGGGAGAUUGAAGGAGAAGGCUGUCGCGUCGGAGAUUACGUACUCUGCAGAUAUGGACGAGGUGCCGAAGGGCGAGAACGUGAAGAAUGUGAUUGAGAUGAAAGAGUUCAAGGCACGGAUUGAGUCUGCUCAGCAGUCUGUUGAGAGGAUUGGGUUUAUCCCGCUCAAAGCCGCGGAUGCUGCAGUCAAGGCAGAAGACGACGGACUGUCGACGAACGAACGUCUGUUUGAGAAGGAAGUCGCAAAGUCGAUCAACGAAAACGAAGAAGUCUUUGACAACGAGGCAGACUUGGGCGCGCCUGCUCAAUCUACGCGGAUCAAGCCGAGGUACUUCAAUCGCGUGCAGAUGGGCUUCGACUGGAAUAAAUACAACCAAACGCAUUACAGCGCCGACAACCCGCCGCCCAAGAUCGUGCAGGGCUAUAAGUUCAACAUUUUCUACCCAGAGCUGGCAGAUAGCGCGCGCGCGCCUACGUACAGAAUCAUCCGGGAUAAAGUGCAGCAGACGGACGAGGAGAUCGCUGCCGGUGGGCAGGUCAACACGUGUAUCAUCAAGUUCAUCGCCGGCGAGCCGUACCAGGAUCUGGCGUUCAGGAUCGUGGAUCGGGAGUGGAACUACUCGUCGAAGCGGGAGAACGGGUUCCGAUCGAGUUUUGAUAAGGGGAUUCUGCAACUGCAUUUCAGGUUUAAGAAGAUCUUUUACCGAAAGUGAUAUUGUAAUCAGUCAUUUUGGUGUAUCAAUCAUAUUGUACAAUAUUAAUAUUC